CUGGAGAAAGCUGGAGUGUGGGGGAGGAAGAGAGGACUUAUGAAUGAAUCCGUUUGGUACCGGGGGCCUGGGGAGAAGUGUUAGACAAUGAAGAAGCCCAGCUCCAGUCCAGAAUCUUACUGUGGCCACUGCAAAAGCUUUAUUACCCAAUUGUGACCACUUCAGUGCGGCCAUUUGAAGAAGGAAGGUUGAAUGCAAUGGAAGAUUUACCUUAGGAUUUGUCUCUUUGGCCCCAGAAAGCCAUUUGAAAGGCAGGGACAAACAAUUACACCGUGUCUUGGUCUUAGCCUGUUUAAACAGCACAGGGAGGACGGAGCUCAGCGGGCAACAGAGCAAACCUUCCAAGGUGAACCCAGCUGCCGGGAGCUGGGGAGGACCAGCCUGCCCUGCAUCCCAAAGGUCAGACCCUCUGCCUUGGUGGGCAGGGGACCCGUCUUGCCUUUCUUUCUGGGAGAAGGGGAGCGAUGAGGCAGAGUGGAGGCUGGAGUCUCAGUGCACGGAGGCCGGCACUCCUCACGGGUCUGCGGGUCUGCUGAGCGCUGGGGCCUUCCGUCCAUUUCGUGCCCUGAGCGUGGCUUAUGUCAUCUGAUCCUCACAAGAACCAGGGUAAGUGGUAGCACCCCCCAUUUCACAGAUGAGGAAACUGAGGUGCAGAAAGGUUAAGUAAUUUGCCCGGGAUUAAACAGUUAAGAAGGGGUAGAGGUGAGAUUUCAUUUCAGCCUACCUGGAACUUUGCCAUGUACUGCCCUCAUCUUCCCUUAAGAAAGCCGUUUUUAAUGGGACCAGUCGAGUUCUCAGGCUUAGAACAGAAAGGCUACUUGGCUGUGAUUUCUCCUGCCUGUGGUAGGAGAACCUUGUUCACCUCCUGAGGCUUGGUUAUUUUGAAUCUUUUCUCCUUUCUCAGGAUAAAAAUGAACUGGAAGAAGGAAGGAGAUUCUGCCCUGUGUGUGGCACGCUGUAGAGUCCAAAAAAGGUUCUGCUGAAUUGAACUACUGCAUUUAAGAAAUGGACGUUCAUUUUUCCUUUGCUAAGUGGGAGGGACUUUUGAUGUAACAACUUUUGCAGUGGUUUCAGGUUAAGCACUGAGGAGAAUCCUUAGUCUGUGACGGGCUCAUCCGGGGCGACAGGGGUCUCGGCAUCUGUACUGUGCCUGAGAUGUGACAGGUGUCGCUUUCUACCUUUUGAUCAUUUUACAGGAGCUCGGAAAUGGCCGUGGCGUUAUCUAUUAUGAGGAACUUUUAUCUCCAGACCUGCUUGCCUUAUGGCCAAGGGCUUAAGGGACUGGCUGGAUCCUUUUAAAUUCACCCACUUUUGACUUUAAUAAUUAACUGCUCCACUUCCCAGACUCACACCGACUGGCAGCUCUUGUCAGCCCUCCCCCUGGGCUGGCCUGGCAUCAGGACUGUUCUGAACGGCUUCUUUCCUGGCCUACAGAAUCGGGAGCAAGGCGGGCUGAACCUGAGACCCACACCUCUCACUGACACUUCUCCCCAGAAGGGAGAUGGAUCAGCUGCCUGGGGGUGUGGGGAGCCCCAAGAGGGAGGUGCGUCAGCUGGUUUUGGUUUGAAACAAGCAAGAAAGCGCUUCUGGGCGGUGUGGACCCUUUAAAGGCAGACAAAUUAAGAACUGGAAGAAUGUUUCAGCAGCGUGCGUCCUUUUCCAGCACAGCUGCUCUUGAAGAAAAUUGUACAAGCUGGCGACAAAGACCUCGAUGGGCAGCUAGACUUUGAAGAGUUUGUCCAUUAUCUCCAAGACCAUGAGAAGAAACUGAGGCUGGUAUUCAAGAGCUUGGACAAGAAGAAUGAUGGACGGAUCGACGCGCAGGAGAUCAUGCAGUCCCUGCGGGACCUGGGAGUCAAGAUAUCUGAACAGCAGGCAGAAAAAAUCCUCAAGAGAAUACGAACGGGCCACUUCUGGGGCCCUGUCACCUACAUGGACAAGAAUGGCACAAUGACCAUCGACUGGAACGAGUGGCGAGACUAUCACCUCCUGCAUCCCGUGGAGAACAUCCCUGAGAUCAUCCUGUACUGGAAGCACUCUACGAUCUUUGAUGUGGGUGAGAAUCUGACGGUCCCCGAUGAGUUCACGGUGGAGGAGAGGCAGACGGGGAUGUGGUGGAGACACCUGGUGGCUGGCGGUGGGGCGGGGGCCGUAUCGAGAACCUGCACGGCCCCCCUGGACAGACUCAAGGUGCUCAUGCAGGUCCACGCCUCCCGCAGCAACAACAUGUGCAUCGUGGGUGGCUUCACCCAGAUGAUUCGAGAAGGAGGGGCCAAAUCACUCUGGCGCGGCAAUGGCAUCAACGUCCUCAAAAUUGCCCCCGAGUCGGCCAUCAAGUUCAUGGCCUAUGAACAGAUCAAGCGUCUCGUUGGGAGUGACCAGGAGACUCUGAGGAUUCACGAGAGGCUUGUGGCAGGGUCCUUGGCAGGGGCCAUCGCCCAGAGCAGCAUCUACCCGAUGGAGGUCCUGAAGACCCGGAUGGCCCUGCGCAAAACAGGCCAGUACUCGGGCAUGCUGGACUGCGCCAGGAAGAUCCUGGCCAGAGAGGGCAUGGCCGCCUUCUACAAAGGCUAUGUUCCCAACAUGCUGGGGAUCAUCCCCUACGCUGGGAUAGACCUGGCCGUCUACGAGACACUCAAGAAUGCCUGGCUGCAGCGCUAUGCAGUGAACAGUGCAGACCCCGGCGUGUUUGUGCUCCUGGCCUGUGGCACCAUGUCCAGCACCUGUGGCCAGCUGGCCAGCUACCCACUGGCCCUGGUCAGGACCCGGAUGCAGGCCCAAGCCUCCAUUGAGGGCGCCCCGGAGGUGACCAUGAGCAGCCUCUUCAGACAGAUCCUGCGGACCGAGGGGGCCUUCGGCCUGUACCGGGGGCUGGCCCCCAACUUCAUGAAGGUGAUUCCGGCCGUGAGCAUCAGCUACGUGGUGUACGAGAACCUGAAGAUCACCCUGGGUGUGCAGUCGCGGUGACGGGAGGGAGGCCAGCCUGCCCGCGGACUCGCUGAUCCUGGGCCUGCAGCCCCGGGAUGUGGAGCCAUCUCAUUCUGUGAAUGUGCCAACACUAAGCUGACUUAAGCCAAGCUGUGAAGACCCUGGGACGCACCUGCAGGGGUGGGGGCAGAGCCGGCAGGCCCGCUGGGUCUGUCCUGCUGACCCUGGCUGACCCUCGGGUCCAUUCCAGGGAAGACCUGUGGGUGUUCCUGAGGGUCCAGGGCUCAGCAGGACACAGGCUCGCGUGCGUGGGGACAGGACAUUUCCUGUGCUGCCUGCCGAAUAGCUGGGCUGGGAGGCUGGCUUAGUUCUUCCAUCGCGUCCUCGCAGCCAGACCAUUGGCGCGGGGCGCCUUCGGGCCUGCUGAGCGUCCUCCCCGGGCCCACCUUGCUUCCUUCCUUGCUGCUGUUUUAAAUGGUAGGAGGAGGGCCCGCAGCCCACUCCCCCCGCCACGCUGCUCCUCUCCGCCCAGUCCGUGGGGAAGGGUGGUUCUACCUGACCUAAGGCCGACUUCCCAACCGGCAGCGCAGCCACUGGCAGGGAAGAGGGAGGAGUCUGGCUUCUGAGCUGCUCCGCAGACGGGCACCUGGAUGCCCGUGUGCGUGACGAGGGCAAGGCUGCCUGGCGUCCUGGCGCAUGGCUUCAUGGGUCCUGGGACCCAGAGGGCCUCUGCUCCCUGCUGCUGGGGGGCUCGUGGGGCUCCGAGCGGGCCCCGGCCCCUGGCAGGACUGGCACCAGCUCAGAACUAACUCCCUCUCCCUUCCCGCUGGCAUGAGGGCAGUGGGCAUUGUGUUGAAGCAGGAAGGGCAGUUUCUGCCCUGAGUCUGCACGCCCUGGUGAGAGAAGGAAAAGGUGAUCAAGGCCUUAAUUAUGUAUUGUUGGAAAAAGGGUUUUGUUCAGAAAGACAAGCCGGACAAAUGUACAAGUUCUGCUCUUCCAGGGAGAAGACAAAGAGAGCCAGUGGCUCGGCCGACCGUGUUAAAGUCUGUUUCUGACGCCCCGGGGAUUCGUGUCCAAUCCCAACUGGGGCAAAGUGGGACCAGCCUCACAUUCCACUGACGCAACGUAUCACACUGCUGGGAGCCUAUUUAUUUUGUAUUUAUUUGAACAGAGUUAUGUCCUAACUAUUUUUAUAGAUGUGUUUAAUUAAUAGCCUGUCAUUUUCAAGUUCAUUUUUUAUUCAUAUUUAUGUUCCUGGUUGACUGCACCUUCCCAACACCUGUGAGGUGGGGUGGGAAGAGGAAGGAGGGGGCCGUGGCAGUGACCCUUCUCGCUGCUGCACCAUGUCUGUCCAAAGAAAUUUCUUUCGGAACUGGCGACAGAAGAAAGGCAAGAAGGCAGAAGGGCCCUGAUCACGGAGAGACGGUCCUUCGGCGGGUCAGGGCAGGGCCAGCACCUAGGAAGCCUUAGGAUCUGAGGGUUUGAUCAGGGGCCAGGAAGAGGGGGGGAAAUCUCAACCCUGUUCAGGAUGGAAGUCCAAAUCAUUUCUUAGACUGGGAGGGAUUUCUUUAUUCACCGUUUUUGAAAGACAAGGCAGUGAGGUGCCUAUCACUGUGAGUUUGGGGUGGGGGCCAGAGGAGAGGGCGGCCGGCUCCCCACCCGUACCUGUGAAGCGGGCUCCCUCUGUCCUGGGCCCCCCGCUACCCCUGCUCAGUAAUGCUGGUCAGCGUGCAACUGCACAGCCACACUUCCAUUCACCAGAACGGCCUGAUGAGGACAAUUUAAAUAGGAUGCAAAGAUCAAUGCAAGAUUUAUUGUUAUAUAUAAAUAGAGUUAUAACUGGAAUUGGUGACAAAGCAAAUUAAGAAAGAAUUGGAAGUUGUCAUUUAAAACAGCCUUCUAAUAAAGUUGUUUCAGAGCUGA